CAAUCCCGAGAUGAGCCAACCGCUACUUAGCACAUGGCAGCUACUUGUCCUGAUGGCAUUUAUCCAAAAUUCGAUUGAAGUUAACUACGAGUUUGCAUUUGACGAUGAGCGUGUUUACAGUGACUGCCAAAACGAGCCGGGAACACUCAAAAUUGAAGAUUUGUUCGACUCCUCAAAUUUAACCUUUUCAAUGGCUGAAGACGGAGUGACAAUUUCGGGAAACCAAACCGUCGUGUGGGAUAUUCAGCCAUCAGACCGUGUUGAGCUAUUGGGAAGCGUUCGGUACUUCGAUCGUGGCACCUGGCAACCGACCACGCUCAACAUGGUGAUCAAGGACUUUUGCCGCGUUAUGUUCGACAAGAAACAGGUGUGGUACGAGGCAUAUAGUAAGCAUAUCAAAAAUGUGGCAGACAUAAAGGACACGUGCUUUAGAGUCAAAGGAAGAGUCAUUCAAUUCGAAACCUAUAAGGCCAAUUGUGAAUUCGCCAGUGGAGUGUCGUUGCAGAAAGGCCGAUAUGCAAUCCGUUUAAGAUUCAGGGCGUAUGAUAGCGAUGAAAAGAUUCGUCCGAACGAGAUUUGUUUUGAAAUUAAGGGUCAGUUUACUAAAAAACAAGUUGGGUAAACUGAAAAUGUUUAAUAAAGCACUCGUUUGA